CAUCUGGGAUUCUAGAAGCUACCGAACUGCUUACUCCCGCGACUCCUCGCUAUGUCAAUCGUUUAAAAGAGAGAUUAACAGCAGGCCCUCUCUCAUCGUUCGCUACUUCGUCUGAUCAGUCACAAGGGAAAAACCCUAAUUGCGCUCGAGAGAUCGGGAGAUGGCGAAGCGUUUGCUACCAAGCUUGAACCGGAUCUUGGUGGAGAAGAUCGUUCCUCCCUCUAAGACCAACUCCGGUAUUCUUCUCCCCGACAAAGGCCCAAAGCUGAACUCUGGGAAGGUGGUGGCGGUAGGUCCGGGGACACGAGACAAGGAGGGGAACCUCAUCCCUGUAUCUGUGAAGGAAGGGGAAACUGUUCUCUUGCCGGAAUACGGCGGCACCCAAGUCAAGCUCGGUGACAAAGAGUACCAUUUGUACAGAGACGACGAUAUCUUGGGAACCCUACACGAUUAAUUGUCACUUGUCAGUGAUCUAAAUGACGGAUAUAGAAAUGAAUGAACGGUGAAUGUUUAGGGAAUGACUGAGUUGAGUUAUGUCUCUUCUAGUUGUAGUGUUUGAAAAUUUUUAAGAAUGGGUGCCUCCAUUUUGAGACUUGAAUCAAGCAUUCUUGAUAGCUAAAUGAGAUGUUGCGUUUUAUUCCUCUC